CAUUGAUCCAGUUUACCACUUGACCUGAAAGUGGUUGCACUGCACCUCGUGCCGAACUUGGCUUGACAUUGAAUAAAUUGUAAAGUAUAAAAAUCCACUAAAAAAAUUUUCCACUACGAAAUAUAAGUAUUUCCUAAAAGGGUUAGAUAUGCAUAAAUUUUCAAUAUUAUGUAUUAUUCUCCAAGUUUGGAUCUCGGGAGGUUUAGCCAGCGUUGAAGAAGACUAUAUUAAAAAAUUGAUUGGCGACAGUACCGAAAAUGGCUACAAGUUGGACAUGCUGCCACCCACGGGGCGUAAAGGUAGUGCCCAUAAUUUCACGCAGGAACCCGUCAUGGUGGACAUUGCACUCAAAUUAUCAACCAUAAAUGAACUCAAUUUGGCCCAGCAGACUUUCAGUCUCAGUGCGUAUUUUUGCAUGUUCUGGAACGAUUCAAGGUUACAAUGGCAACCGGACGUGUCCACGCCACGCCAUGGACAAGGUAGCGAUGUCACGACCGUAAACAUAGCUCCGACCCACAUCUGGACGCCAAACAUCGCGCUGGCAAACAGUUAUGAGGCGGGUUUCAACACAAAUAUGGAGAAGGCCAAGAAAACUUCCUUGGUGACGGUUUCUUCCCUCGGAACGGCGGACUGGUGUCCUCAAGUCCACCUUAAGUCUCACUGUACGAUUGACGUGACCUACUACCCGUGGGACCAGCAGAUCUGCGUACUCAAAUUUUUGUCGCUUGACUACAAUGGAAACCAGCUCCAAUUCUCGCUUCAUAACAAGGACCGUUCGGCCGAUCUGAGUGAGAUGUAUUUAUCAGUCUACUUCGACGUUAUCGAAGCCCCCGCGUAUCUCAACCAGUACACCGAUGGGCCCUAUCUGGAGCAGGACGCCACCUUUUACGUGACCCUUAGACGACGCAGCGGGGGACUAAGUCCCGCCCUUUGGCUGGUCCUUUCUCUCAACGUGUUAACCUGUCUGUCCAUCCUGACGUGUCUUCUUCCCUCAAAAAAUAGGGAGAUGAGAUCACUGCUCGUGACCAUUUCCGGGAUGGGCGUCCUGCUUAUAUUUUACCGCGUUAUGGAAACCCUACCACCGACCAGCCUCGUGCUUCCGAUGAUUGUGAAGUACAUCCUGUUUUCACUGGGGGUCAUUUUGACCGCGUUUGUUGGAAAUCUCGUCACCGCGAAUAUUUAUGAGGGAAUGAAUUUGUUUGGAAAAAAGAGUUCGGAUAAGGAGGGUAAUUUAGAGAGGAGACUAAAAAUAGGGAAUAUUUUGGAUAUGAUUUUCUUUUUUGGAUUGGGGGUGGUUUGGAUAAUUGGAAAUUUGUGGGUUUUUAAGGCAGGGUUUCCAUAUUGAGGACGAAUGAUAAUUUGGCAUGAAAUAAAAUUUGGUUUGAAACAAUAUUAUCUGUGAGCAAUGAGAUAAUUCACGUAGGGUUUGGUAACCGUGUAAAACCUAUAAAUUCAGUAAACUUAUAAGCUUUUACAAAAAUAUUUCUAAGGAUAAUUAGUGUACAAAUUUUUGUAAACUAAUUCGGAUCAAGGGCGUCGUUUUAUUGUGUAAAAUUGUGUAACAUACAAAGUUACAAAGUUACUAAAGACUGCGUGAAUUGUCGCAAUUUCUUAUGUUUACAAUAUUGUGGCACGUUACAUUUAAUUACAUGAAAUAAAUAUUUAUAGGAUAAAUACACAAA